UAGCGUACCUAUCUAACCUAGAAAUUUUAUACAUGUUGCAAAAGCUCAAGCAUCACAUUGUGAAAGCGGGCAGACGCCAAACCGAUGAUUCGCAAACAAGCGCGCCAAAGGCGCGAUUACCUCUAUCGACGUGCUCUUCUUCUGCGAGACGCUGAGAUCAGCGAGAAACGAGCCAAAUUGAGAUCUUCUUUGGCUUCUGGCAAGCCUUUGGAUCCUUCAAUUGCCAACGACAAGUCACUUCGCAAAGACUAUCAGUAUGACGAAUCACGACCUGAUCUCACCACCAACGAGCAGCUCGACUUGGACGAUGAAUAUGCUCAGCUUUCAGGCAUUGUCGAUCCCCGCGUUCUUGUGACGACUUCACGAGAUCCCUCGGCUAGAUUAUCAGCGUUCGCCAAGGAGAUCAGACUUCUGCUUCCCACUGCCGUGCGCCUCAAUCGCGGAAACCUCAUCUUGCCCGAUCUCGUACGCUCCGCUCAGUCAGCUGGCCUCUCUGACGUCGUCCUUCUUCACGAACAUCGAGGCACCCCAACUGCUUUGACAUUGUCGCAUUUUCCGCAUGGCCCAACUGUCUCAUUCUCUCUUCACAACGUCGUUUUACGCCACGAUAUUCCUGGAAGCGUUCGAGGAACAGUUAGCGAAUCGUACCCUCACCUCAUCUUUGAUGGCUUUACAAGUCGCUUAGGCGAGCGUGUAGUGAAAGUACUGAAACACGUCUUUCCUCCUAGGGAAGCCAUCACGAGCAAAAACAAGGUCGGCAACCGAGUCGUCACAUUCAAGAACAUCGAGGACAGCAUUGAAGUCAGGCAUCAUGUUUUCGUGCGGACAGGAUACGACAGCGUCGAGCUGGCUGAAGUCGGGCCACGGAUGACAAUGAGGGUAUUCGAGAUUCGAAGCGGCACGCUUGAUAACAAGGAUGGCGACGUUGAAUGGCACCUCACGCAAUACACACGAACCGCCAAGAAGAAGAACUAUUUAUGAGAAUGCCACACACUUCCCAUAAGCAUUUGAUCCUAUCGAAGAUACCGUGGUCACCUUUUGCCCGAUUGAAAUGAAAUGGCUUCGAAUCGCAAGGCCUAGGCAGCCUCUGCACUACGGCUCAUCAUACGGUCCAGGUAACUUCUUGGGUUGGAAUAUAUCGUGACCAGGGACGGCACAUGAUCGCAUAAACCAAUGUUGGCGCUUUGGAGUUUUUCGAUGCAAAAUUAUGAGGCAGUGGCCCUGAGAAGAUGGCGACUAUCGUAUUGGACGAACUGGCUUCGGCUACUAACAGUGGCAGAUGUUCAUUGGUUUAUGGUGACCAGCAUCAGCACCGAGGUGAAAAGGGUGACGAAAAAGACUCCAGGCAGAUGGAAUCUCAAGCUGGGUCUUGCAGAGGCGAAGUCCCCUUGAAACGAAACAGUUAUGUUUAUUGUCCCGCAGCAGUUUCAAUUGGAGUCAUGUCGGCGAUCUACGUAGUUAUUAUCAAAACUGUUUAGAACCAAACCAGUGCCUUGGCGCUGUCAAUGAAACCUUCAACGGCUCAGCCACCAUAUCUUGACCAUGCGGGAAUGGGGACAGAUUAAGAACAAAACACUAAUGAUUUUCCAUAAUAUCAAUAUUCCC